AUGGAUAACCAAAGAGUGAUCUACUCUGAUAUAAAUCAGACUCAAACCCCAAAGAAGCAGCAGAGGAAACCUAAGGGCACUAACAGCUCCCUUUCAGAAUGUGAACAAGAAAUAACCUAUGUGGAAUUAAACCUUCAAAGAGCAGCUCAGGACUUUCAAGGGGAUGGCAAAGCUUACCACUGCAAAGGUUUACCAUUCCCUCCAGAGAAGCUCAUUGCUGGGAUCCUGGGAAUCCUCUCUCUUGUCUUACUGCUCACUGUGAUAACCACACAUGUCAUUCCCUCUCCAAUAGUACAGACGCAGAACAAUACUUCGCAGAACAUAGGAACUGAGAAAGCAUAUCACUGUUGUCAUUGUCCAGAGGAGUGGUUCACAUAUUCCAGCAAUUGUUAUUACGUUGGUAAGGAAUACAAAACUUGGAGUGAGAGUGUGACGGCCUGUGCUUCUAAGAACUCCACUCUGCUUUACAUAGAUAGUGAAGAAGAAAUGAAAUUUCUGGCUUCCCUGUCACUUUGGUCAUGGGUUGGAGUCUUUCGUCAGAACAGUAGUCAUCCAUGGGUGUCAAAAAAUGGCUCAACUUUCAAAUUUAA